AUGAAAAAUGAAAUCGAUAAACUAGACAUUAGAUCUCUUGAUUUCCACCCCAAUAUGAAUUUGUCAAGCAGGGAACAAAUGGCACUUAAGUCCCUGAGGAAUAAUACAGAAAUUAUCAUGAAACCCGCGGACAAAGGCAGGAACAUAGUCAUGAUGGAUGUCACCGACUAUGUUAUAAUGGUCCUCAAAGUGCUGGAAGAUGAGAAUACAUACAAAAUUCUUAAAUCCGAUCCUACUAAUGACUUCCUUAAAAAGUAUAAGGAGAUCUUGGACAGGGGCCGCAGUAGAGGGCUGCUAUCAGGGGAUGAAUAUGCAUUCAUCCUCAACUGCCAUCCCAAGAUAGCGACCUUCUACUGCUUGUCCAAAGUACACAAAAGUAUGACUUUACCCCCUGGCCGCCCUAUUGUUUCGGGCAUAGAAAAUCUGACACAGAAUGGCAGGAUAUAUAUCGAUAAAAUCUUACGACCAUUCGUUGAAAAACUUCCCUCAUACCUUCAGGAUACAAAACAGACUCUUGCCCUCCUAGUAAACCUGGAAGUACCCCCUUCGGCUAAAUUAUGUAGCUUAGAUAUCGAAGCCUUAUACUCAUCUAUUCCCCACUCUAAUGGCAUUCGCCAUAUACGCUACUUUUUGGAACAACGAG